GUGUUAUAUAGGUCAUUUAAAGUGAUAGAGGUUUUAAACAUUUUCACUCUUGUUAUAAUUUUGAUUUUCGCCCAUGUAAGGCGCGCUUUUUUUUAUUUAAUGGAUAAUUUAUUUAUUUAAUUUAAUGUGAUAGAAGUCGUUUUUUGUGAGAUACUGUCGUUAUUCAUGUGUUCAGCAAAACAUUUCUCAGUUCUAUGCAUGCUUAUCAAUAUAAGGAUUAAUUAUUUAAAACAACAUGAAACAAUAAACUUUGACAGACAAACGGAUUAACAGACAAAUAGACAUAGAGGCAGGCGUAAAGGUACUUACAAGGACAUUCAAAACUGGUUGAACGACACUCUUUAUGAAAAACUGAAUUCAAGCGGCUGGAACAUAUCAAAUUAUGUCUUGUAUAGCAACUUAAAUUGUAACUCGGCCUAGAUAACUUGAUGUGUGAUGAGUUUAGAAGUUACACACGAGCUAAGAGACGACGAGGAAGAUAUAGGAGACCAGUCUGGGAAUGUUAGACAGCUGGAAAUAGUGCUGUUAAAUAAUCAUAAUAACACGUACUAUCCCGGACAAUUUGUCCAGGGACACGUAAUAGUGGACGUGAAACGGGCAUUUAUAACCAGAGGAAUAUUACUGCAGUUUUGUGGUCGGGCAGGCGUUUACUGGACGGAGAAGCAGCGUGGGGCUCAGGACAAAUGUAUCGGUGUAAUGCAUUAUGAAGCCCAGGAGGAAUACUUCAACAUUAGAAAUUUUAUUUUUGAACCUGGUUUGAUUCCCGCCGAAGUCCACAAGUUUCCGUUCAAGUUCCAACUGGUGCCGCCACUACCUGACAACUACGAAGACAGCCUGUGUCAGAUAGAGUACUUCCUGGAAGUCCGACUGAAACAAGAUACGAAUACUAACCAUGAUAUACAAGACAGACAAGAUAUCCUCAUAGUAGACCCAAUAGAUCUAAACCAACUUAUUCUUCCGGAUGUUACUCUACCAAUGCAUUCCCAGAAAACCACAAGCUUUUGUUGUUGGUGUUGUACAUCUCCGCCGCUGGUUGCUUUUCUCCGACUACCGAGGUCCGGUUACACGCCUGGAGAAACUAUUCAUAUACAAGCGGAUAUAGAAAACUGUUCAAAUAGGACAAUUCAAACUGUAAAGUUUACAUUGUACCAGGAACGGGGCUACCGUACACAGAAUAAGUUCCACAAACAUCGUGAUGUGCUCGGUCAGGUAGUUAGGGGCCCUGUGAAACCCAGUUCAACGACGGAAUGGCCGGACAUACCACUGAAAGUGCCUCGUCAACAAAUAUUUAACGUUACAGCCAGCAAAAUAUUUGGAAUAAGAUAUAUGCUAGAGAUGGAUAUUAUACCAAGUGGGAAUUCUAAGCCAAAACUUUCAGUACCACUAGAGGUAACAUUGGGUUCGAUACCGCUCACCAGUGUUUCCCUGGCAACGCCAGCUCACUCUAGAAUGCAGCCAAAUAAAAGGCAACAGGAAGAUCGCGAAAAGGUUAAGGAUCUUGAAAGAAAGACUAAAAAAGGAAGUACAGCAAGUGUAUAUGGUUCACAAGUUGUUAACAAUGAAUCAAGACAAAGACGAAAGGAUCGAAACAGGAAGAUAUAUCCUGAAGACACAAUAGAUACCACAGAGUAUGAUGAAAAAAUACAUUCUCGUGACUAUUAACAAGAAUAUGUUUUGCACUUCUGUAAAGAUAUCGUUCACCAAAAUGAUACAACUCACCGCUCCUGAAGACAGAUAUUCUACAACUGUCAUUUCAACAAGAUGAUGUUUCUGUCAUUUCAACAGGAUGAUGCUUCUGUCAUUUCAACAGGAUGAUGUUUCUGUCACUUCAACAAGAUGAUGCUUCUGUCAUUUCAACAGGAUGAUGUUUCUGUCAUUUCAACAGGAUGAUGUUUCUGUCAUUUCAACAAGAUGAUGUUUCUGUCAUUUCAACAGGAUGAUGUUUCUGUCAUUUCAACAAGAUGAUGUUUCUGUCAUUUCAACAAGAUGAUGUUUCUGUCAUUUCAACAGGAUGAGGUUUCUGUCAUUUCAACAGGAUGAUGUUUCUGUCAUUUCAACAGGAUGAU